AUGGGUAGAUCACCUUGCUGUGACAAAAAUGGCCUCAAGAAAGGGCCAUGGACGCCAGAGGAAGACCAGAAACUUGUUGAUUACAUCCAGAAACAUGGCUACGGCAAUUGGAGAAUACUCCCAAAGAAUGCUGGGUUGCAAAGGUGUGGAAAGAGUUGUCGACUCCGUUGGACAAACUAUCUCCGACCAGACAUAAAGCGUGGUCGAUUCACUUUUGAAGAGGAAGAGACCAUAAUACAACUACAUAGCAUUCUUGGCAACAAGUGGUCAGCUAUUGCUUCUCGUUUGCCUGGAAGAACAGACAAUGAAAUCAAGAACUAUUGGAAUACCCACAUUAGAAAAAGGCUUCUAAGGAUGGGAAUUGAUCCUGUGACACAUAGGCCAAGGCUUGAUCUUUUGGACCUCUCUUCCAUCCUAAGUUCAUCCCUCUAUGGUCCAACACAGAUGAACAUCCAAAGACUGCUUGGUACACAGACAAUGGUGAACCCUGAGCUUUUAAAGCUUGCUUCAUCGCUCUUUUCUUCUCAGCAUCGGGAAAACCUCAACAUGUGUUCGCAAAACUGUGAAGAGAACUUGCUCUGUGAUCCCCAAAUUAACCAAAUCCCACACUUGGUACAAACUCAGGACUUUGCUCAAGAACCAUGUAAAACACUAUGCAAUACAAUGAAUCCCCCUUGUUCUUCGUUGCCAUUGCCUUUCACUCAAGAACAGUUGGUUGAAUGCAACAUGAAUCCGUACCCUUCAGUCUUCCAUGACUCUUGCUUCCAACAACAUUCUCAGCCAAGUGAGUUGCAAUGCAACGGAAUUGAUACAAGUUAUGUUGCUCAAUUACCUAGCUAUAACUACCAUGGCUCUGAUUAUGACGCAAAUCCAAUGUCUGAAUCCUCAACUUAUAACCAUUCCCAUAACAGCAACCAGAACUUCAGCUUCGCUUCUGUUAUUUCAACGCCUUCAUCAAGCCCAACACCUUUGAAUUCGAAUUCGACGUAUGUCAAUGGAAGCAGCAGCACCGAGGAUGAGAUAGAAAGCUACGUCAGCAGCAACUUGUUGAGAUUUGAAAUCCCAGACAUGUUAGGUGUGAAUGAGUUCAUGUAA